CCCCUUGAACCUGUGGCCGAACAGCGAACAAGAUACCCACGAGAUCCCAGAGACGCAACGACAACAAACGCCCACGAAAUUGAAACAAAAGAAUGGCCGAGGAAGGAAAAUCAGCACCACCAGAUGCCCAACUCUUUGGCCUCCUUUCCAAUCUCCUCCAGCAGGUGGAAUCAUUGACCAAUCAAGAAGAAGUUGAAUUACGUUCCAAAAUUGAAGCCCUUGGUCUAGAAGUUACAAAAGUUCCAGCAAAAUCUACUAAGGAUCUUGAUGAGCUAGAGAUAGCGAAGGAGUUGGAUAAAUUAUCUGCAAAGCUGGAUGACGUGGAUGAGAUGAUUUCGUCAGCCAUGGCUGCAGAUCCACAAGUGAAGUCUCUUUUGAGUAGUACUGCUGACGUAUGGAUGCCAGUUAUCACCGCUACUUCUGAUGAAAGGCGUAAUUUUACAGCAUCGUCAUCUAUUGUAGAUGAUAAUCGUGAAGCAAAUGGGAAAAUUGCUAACUAGUCAUUCCAGUCUUAGUUUGAUUGAUUAUAAGGAGUUUGCUUCCUAACAACUUAUUAUUAACCACACAAUCUUUUUCCACAAAUUGAAAAAGGAAAAUCCUGUUGUCUAAUAUGGCUCUGUAUAUGUGGCUGUAUUUAUUGUUCCUUUUGGCAAUGGAUAGGAGUAUUUUUGAUAAUCGUCGUGGGUUGUAAUCUUGUGGUUUUUUUUUGGGUAAGUAUAAUCUUGUGGUUCAAUCUUACAA